UGGCUGUCGGGGGGGGGGAGCUGACCUGCUGCAAAGACCCCGCACUGUCCCCCCAGGCAGAGCUGCCUGUGUCAGGCUCUCUCUAAAGCCUGCUUUCCCUUGAAGCAGCCUGGGCUCUGCCAGCUGGCUGGAUUCCCGGGGGAGGCUCCAUCUUGGCUCUGUGCAGCAAGUGGUUAUAUCACCCUUGCUCUGGAGCGCUUGGCUGGAAGUGGGGGGGCGUCCACGCUGGCUGGGAGGCACCUGGCUGGGGUCUGUGCACAGCAGCGUGGCGGCAAAGUCCCCGAUGCAGAGUGGCUCUCUUCUCCCACAGUCCAGAAAGCCUCUUCCACUCCCAAGCGUGAAAUCUCUGGGGACUCGGGAUCCAGGGAUCUGCUCCCAAAACUCUUGCAAGGGCAGCAGCUCUUCCUGAGCAGCGUGAGCCCAAAGGGCCGGCUGUGACCCGCAGUGCCGCACCCCCGCUGGGGGGCCUGGACUGCGCAGCUCCAUGGCCCCGUACCGCAUCCGGCAGUACGAGGACGGUGACUACGAGGCGGUGCGCACCAUCUUCGCCCGGGGGAUUACGGAACACGCUCCUGCUGCAUAUGUCCACAUGCUGACCCAUCCCCAGGCCCAGCUGCUCUUCCUGGCCCUGUUCCUAGCAGUGCUCGCGGCCUCUGGGUCCCUCCUGGUCUCCCUCGUGGCCGUCCUGCUGGCUCUCACCGGGGGCUGGUUUUGCAUCCGGGCUCUGUGGACUGGUUACGUCCAGCAGUCUCUUCGCAGCGACCUCCUGGACAUCCGGAGAAGCUACCUGGAGGCUGCAAACUCUUGUCUCUGGGUGGCAGAGGCUGAGGGGGCGGUGGUGGGCAUGGUGGGGGCCAUCCUGCCGCAGGACCCCUCAGAAAGAGAGCACGCCCUGGAACUGAAGCGCAUGUCCGUGGGGAGAGAGCACCGGGGCCAGGGCAUCGCCAGGGCGCUCUGCAGGACGGUCAUCCGCUUCGCCCAGGAUCGCGGGUACAGUGCGGUCGUGCUGUCCACCUCCAUGGUUCAGGACUCGGCCCAGCGGCUGUAUGAGAGCAUGGGCUUCCGGAGGGUCUCGGAGAGGUCCCCCUCCCGCCUCACCAGCUUCUUGCGGUUCUCCGUGAUUUAUUACCGAUACGAGAUUCCCGGCUCUCGCUGAAGGCUCGGAGGUGGCGAUUCUUUGCCUGCCCGCUCAGCCGCUGCGGGCUUUGCCUGGCUUGUUAAUUAACUCCCAGCAAGUGGCUACUUUUUUUACCUUUUUUGUUGAGAAAUAAACUGAACUUGGAGGAAAAGUCUCACAUACAUGA